GCUGAGUGAUUAUGCUUUUACAUGUGGCAACUCUGCAAAGUUUGAUGAUUCAAUUGUUCAUAUUAACUUUGAUCUGGAUGUUGUAGAUGAUACACUUGGUGCAGGUACUGAUAUUGAGGAGGCUGCAUAGCUUAGGCAUGGUUACUCUCCAUCAAAAGGUUUUCUAUUUUUAUUGCCCUCCUUUAUUGCCAUUGGAGUUUUCCUCAUCUUUUAUGAACCAGAGCACAAGUGAUAUUCAAAUUUUGUUCUCUAAUUUGAUCUUUCUAAUAUUUUUGUGUUGACAUGUAUAAAUAAUUAUAUAUUUGUAGCCUAUAUNUUAUUUUUUAUGCAUUUGAUUUCAUAUUGUCGAUGGUCAUUAGCUGCUGUAGAACAAACUUUUUGUGCAUUCUUUUGGAGGACAUAAAUAUAGAUAUUUCUAUUGUUAAUAAGUUGGAACUUUUAGCAUGAUGAACUUCUAUUGUUCCCCAGUAUCAAGAUUAUUUUCAUUAUUAUACUUAUGUCUCUGAUCAUCAUUGUCACAGUUGUUACAUUUUUGCUGAUAAGCUCUUUCUUUUCUUUUCUCUUUAAUAAUAGUUCUAGGUUUUUGCUAGUUCUAGGUUUGAUUUCCAAAUGAUUGUUCACCGUGAUCUCAGCCAGAGGUAACUAGCUCCUAAAUAUUUGGUCUAAAUAUUUGCUGCUCAGAUAUUCACACUACACCAAAUAUUGCUUCAGAAUGGGGCUCACCUAAGUAUGCAACUCCUUAUAUGAGUGGGUGUCCUCAUGUGUUAUGCAGUUUUGUGAGUUAACAAUACUGACAUGAAGAAACAUAAUUGGAAGAUCUGCAUUCCAGUUUUAGAGGGUUUAAAGCCAUUAUGGUUGAUGGAAAACAUGUUAGAUACCAUCUGAAGAGACUAUGAGGCCAAAGCUGCAAAUAGCAUUAAUAAGGCUGUUUCUUUGUGGAAAAAAUGGUCUCCUUGACCUCAGAUGAUAAACUUAGGGCUGUCACUAAUAUUGAGGGGGCUGCAUACAUUAAAGAUACAAAAGCAAUCUUGGUAGAGACCCACUACAAGUCAAAUCCAAAGUUUAAUUUUCACAAGUACAUGAUUUGCCCCCUUAAAGAUGAUUUCAAGCAAGUUGUUGGCAUAAGUCCAAUGCAAGGAAGGGUAAGGGUUAUAUCAUAUAUUUUUGUCAGCUAUGUGUUGGAGCACCCUAAUCUAUUAGGGAUGAUAAACUUAGGGCUAUCACUAAUAUUGAGGGUGCUGCAGACAUUAAAGAUAUAAAAGAAGUCUUGGUGGAGGUAGGAAAUGGUGGCAACACUGUUAUGAGAACUUGGAAUAUUAAGAAUCAGGAACUCUUGUUGUUGCAACAAGGUGUCUUGAAUGUGCGAAAGCCAAUUCUGAAGGGAAAGCUAUUGUUGCUUAAAGGGAGAGUUGAGAAAGAGUAAUUCAAUACAACCUUGGAAACAAUGCAUACCUAGGCAAAAUAUGGAGAAAAACAG